GCCCACCAAAAAAAAUAGCGAAAAGAUAGAGAGAAACAAAAAGAAAUACGAAAAAAGAAAAAAAAAAGAGAGAAAAAACUCCUGCAUCUGCCGCCGAGAGGAGGGAGUCACGCGCCAACCUCGGGCGCCGCCGCGCGGAGGCUCCCUCCGGCCUCGUUCCCCAUCCCUCUCCUCCCUCCGUCCCCCUCCCUCUCCUCUCUCCCAGCUUCCCUCCCUCCCUCUCCUUCCCUACCAGCCUCCCUCCUUUCCUCCAUCUCUCCCAAUAACUCUCAUACCUUCCAGUGCGCCGGGCCGUCGUGGGGAACCCCGGCGAAGCAUCCCUCUCAGCUCGUCCUUUCGGCGCCGCCCACGAAUCCCUUCCUUUUCCUUGAGGCGGGUGCAAAAGAAGAUGGCAUCAACAUCUACUUAUUCGGGUGUGCACCUCAGAGGUGACAUACCGCCCCCUUCGCCGCCAGCAAUUGAUGAUGUGCUUGAUGUCUUACCAAUAGCAGUGAGCCCCCCACCACCAUCACUGCAUCAAACUUUCAUAGAUCCCUUACUGCACAGAACAGUUAUCACCCCACCUCCCCCUAUCAAUCCAGAGGCAUGCAUCACCCCUGACAGUAACCUUACAUUCACACAUGGCCAAGAUAUUCCUGAAGAUGUUGUCCCUUUGAUUGGCACGAUGUUUGAAUCAGAAGAUGCUGCUUACAGCUUUUACAAUAGAUAUGCACGGUAUGCAGGUUUUGGGAUUAAGAAAGGCAAGUUUGACAAUGCCCGUCGUGCACGCUUUCUGCAUUGCACGCGCCAAGGCAAUCACACUUACAAAGGCGAGGAGGUAAAUAGGGUAAGAAACUAGACAACAAAACGAGUUGGGUGCAAAGCAUUGAUAAGGGUGAAGCAAGAUGGUGACAUUUGGGAAAUCACAAGAGCACAACUGGAUCACACCCAUCAUCUGUAUGUCUCCCCAUCAAUGGCGGUUUUCCAACAGUCCCACAAAAAUUAUGAUCCAUCAAUCAUGCAAUUUGUUAGACAACUUCAGGAAUGCCACGUAUCUCACGGUGCAAUAAUGUCCUUACUAUCAAAAAUGCAUGGUGGCCCCCAGAACAUUCCUUUCACUAACAAGGACCUUGCGAAUAGGUAUUUGGGCCUUCUGUCUUAUUUGAUAAAUCUGCACUAUUCGACUAUUUUCAUUGCUGCUGUAUUUUACUACCCAAAUGCAUGUUACUGCUGCUAUACUUGUUUGUUUUUAGCAUUGUUGAUGUGCAUUACUUCCACGGGGUAGCAAUGUUGUUACUGGAUUUUAGUUAACAUGUUACUGCUAAUACAUAGUUGCUUCCUUUUACUGCUGUGUUGUGAGUUACUGGUUAGUAUACAUCUUGUUACUGGAUUUUAGUUUACAUGUAACUGCUAAAACAUGGUUGCUUCCUUUUACUGCCGUGUUGUGAGUUACUGGUUAGUAUACAUCAUGUUACUGAAUUUUAGUUAGCGUGUUACUGCAAGAAGGCUGAGAACAAGGUGGAGGAGAACUCAGAUGAUGUAAACAAGCUGCUAAUGUUUUUCAAAGAAAUGAAAGUCAAGAACAACAACUUCUAUUUUGAUAUCCAAGCUGAUGAGAAAGAUGCUAUCCAGAACAUAUUUUGGUGCAAUGCAAGUAGUAGGGCAGCCUACCACCAUUUUGGUGAUUGCAUCACAUUUGACACAACAUACCGAACGAACAUGUUUAACAUGCCAUUGGCGGUGUUCGUUGGAUGCAAUCACCACAUGCAAAGUGUGAUUCUGAGUGUUGCUCUCCUUAGGGAUGAAAGAGCUGAAUCAUUUGAGUGGUUGUUUAAAACUUUUCUGAAGUGCAUGGGGGGCAAAGCUCCCAUGUGUAUUCUCACAGACGAGGACCCAGCUAUGGCAUCAGCUAUAAGGGAGGUGCUAAAGAACACCAUUCAUAGGCUCUGCCGAUGGCAUGUACUAAAGAAGUACAAAAAACAGUUAGGUGUGCUCUAUGAAAUGUUCAAGCAUAGAAAUUUCAAAGAGAAGCUGCACUUUGUGAUCAACCAUCCGCUGACACCAAGUGAAUUUGUGGCUGCAUGGAAAGAUCUUGUUGAAGAGUUUGAACUUCAAGGUUGUGAGGUGAUGGAAAACCUUUAUAACUUGCGUGCCGAAUGGAUUCCUGCUUACUUCAAACAGAUCUACUACGCAAGAAUGACAUCCACUCAACGGAGCGAGAGUGUGAACCAUAUGGUUAAAACAGGCUAUCUCAAAGAGCUCACUGCACUCCACAGAGUUGCAGCUGAGAUGAAUAGAUGCAUCCAGAUGAGGAAACAAAAGGAGGACUGAGAAACUAAUGCUCAAGAGUGUGAGCCCGUGUUGAGCACAAGAUAUGCGUUCGAGGAACAACUGAGCAAAUUGUACACAAGGGCGGUCUUCACCUUAUUCAAGGAAACACUGUUCGAUAGCACGGCGUUUCUUGUCAAUGAGGUUUCCAACGCCAUGGGAGCCUACGUGGUGACCCAUGGUAAGACAAUUCGAAAGAACCCGUGGUCGCAACACGCUUUCCAAGUUACUGCUGAUGUGGAGUCUGGGCUGUAUGAAUGCGAGUGCAAAACGUGGAUACACACAGUGUGAGCCCGUGUUGAGCACAAGAUAUGCGUUCGAGGAACAACUGAGCAAAUUGUACACAAGGGCGGUCUUCACCUUAUUCAAGGAAACACUGUUCGAUAGCACGGCGUUUCUUGUGAAUGAGGUUUCCAACGCCAUGGGAGCCUACGUGGUGACCCAUGGUAAGACAAUUCGAAAGAACCCGUGGUCGCAACACGCUUUCCAAGUUACUGCUGAUGUGGAGUCUGGGCUGUAUGAAUGCGAGUGCAAAACGUGGAUACACACAGGUCUUUUCUGCCCACAUAUUGUGAGGGUGCUCAGCCAUCUCCAGGUAGAAAAAAUACUGCCCAGAUAUAUAUUGAAGAGGUACACAAGAAGUGCCAAGGAAGGGGGUGUCUUUGAUGACCAUGACUAUCGGAGAUUUGGCCUUGACAGCACAAGUGAGAUUUACCGCCACACAGUGUUGAUAAAUGAGGCUACGAAAGUUGCCAAAAAGGCAUCAAAAUCAACGCAAUGCUACGACAGAGCCAUGGAGGUAUUUAAGGAGUUGGAUAUUGAGAUUGAUGGAAUUCCAUGUGAACAAUUAUUGAAUAAUGAAGAAAAUAAUAUUGGAGAGAUGGAAACAGAUCCAGUGCAAGCACCUUUGACGGCGCCACCAAUUUCAACAACAAAAGGAAGGAAGAAAGACAAAGAAAAACUAGUAUCGAAACAAACAGAGAGCAAGCAGAGGAAAGACCACAGCAGGAGGUGUAGUGUAUGUCACAAGAUUGAAGGGCACAAUGCUAGGACAUGCCCUAGUAGAAGCAAAAGACAAAAAACAACCACCCGCCAAGCAAGAGAUGAUUAUGACGAGGAAGACGAGGAAGACGAGGAAGAAUAGGUAGAAGAGUAAGUGAGGAAGAAGAGGAAGAAGAGGAAGAAGAGUAAGUGAGGCUACUGACUUGGCUGUCAUAGUACAUGGCUGCUGACUUGGACAUUUGUAAUAUGUUACUGCCAUAGUGCCCAACUGUUACUGUCAUUUAGCAUAUUGGUUACUAAAAAAUGUUAUCCUCCCAUCAGUUAGGGCAGAGCAUCACUGCUAUAUGACAUGAUUCUAGAACUGCUAUAUUUUAAAUGGUUUGUCAUGAUGCCAGUUGAAAUUACAUGUUACCUAUUUGUUUACUACCAUGAUACAUGUAUGUUACUGUAAAUUUAGUAAUCUGUUACAGCAGGAAAGUAAGAACAAUAUAAACUUGUUUUGCUGUCGUGAACUAUAGAUACACGACGUAAUGCAGAUUGCUGCAAUGUCAUUAUGUCUUCCUGUCAACUUUGGUAAUUAUAAAC